UACAUAAUCUAUUUGGUCACGAUCCUUCAAAAAUAUUCAUGAAGUGUAAAAUGAAAACCCACUAUUUGAGUAUAGUUGCGUGUACUUUUGUAGUUAUUUCAUCAUUGAAUGGAAACACUGAUGUUAAUAUUUUGAGAAGACGACUUCCCAAACGGAGUAGAUACAACUACUUUGUGCGUUGCACGCGUCGCUUCACGCCCGGACUGUGCAUCGAACCCGUGAGAUCUGUAUGGACGUUCGUGUUUCAACUACAGAACUGCACUGAACGCUACGGUUGCCGUCAAGACUGGCGCACGAAUCGGUUCACCACAUACGACAAAUGCCUGCGACGUUGCCAGCCACUGAUCGACUUGUACACAGAGAUACUGGUGCGGGACCCUCGGAACCUGUCUGUGUAUAGCUCACAGUCUUGGAAUAAAUCAGGCAGGCGUGAUUCGGGCGACGAGGAAGACAGUACCGAUUUGCAAGACGAAGAGUAUGAUCACAAAAUCGAGGGAAACCUCAAUGGCCCUGCACCAAACCUUUUGGACGACUCUGUUGAUCAUAAUGACUGGGCGGUGACAGUCGAUAUUGAUGAUGUUGUAGAGAGCAUAGAAAAUGAUGGUUCGGUGUAUCACGAUGUGUUUCAUGAUUAAAAAAUGAUUUGAAUAUU